AUGGGAUUAACAGCCAUCGGCACAGGGCUUGGGCAUGCCACUGUUGCUUCGGAUGCAUCGGGCCCUGUCCGGUUUAUGAACCCUACGACGCGCUAUGUGGCCGUUCCAAAGGUGCAUGCGGGCAGCGUGGCAGCAGGGAGAAGUGGCAAGAGAGGAAAGAAGACGGCCGAACUGCCACAAUGCACAUCAACGGCAACACCGGCGUCUCCCAAGGUGCGACACCAGGUGUAUCACAUCUGGCGCAGCCGAGACAACCGCAAGGGACGACAUGCCGUCGUUGUCAGCCGGGCAUUUUACCUCCAUAGUCUCCGUCAGCGCAUCCACGAUCUCGAACACGAAGAGAAGAGAGCAGCGGCAGCACGCCACGCGGCAGCUCUACGGGCCACCAGCUCGCUGCGGGAGACGCUGCGCGGCAUCGGCAAGAUGGCUGUGCGCUGGCCGGUGUGGGACAUCUCGUUCGACAUUGCCCUGUUCUUCACGCUCGGCUCUGCCAUCUGGGUCAUCAACGCCUUUUUCGUCUGGCUGCCGCUGCAGGCACCUGCCACCAGCUUUGCCAACGAAUCGGGCACAGGCGGCGGUACGACUGCGCUGGCCGGUGGCACCGUCUUUGUCGUCGGCGCACUGCUGGGCAUGCUCGAGGCUGUCAACGAGAACGACGGCGACUGCUUCGGCUGGGCCCUCGAGGAGGCCAUGGCCACCGUCGGGACGAACGGCAACCCGCUGCUGCUGCUGCUGCUGCCACGUCCAGACGCCUGCCGGCACCACCAGGCGCAGCGAUGGCGGCUGCUGGGCAGCAAGGCCGAAGACGACACAGCAAAUGGAGCCCGUCGCCGCCAAUGGUCUUGGUGCCCGUCGUGGCACGAGCUGCGCACGCACUACCUGCACGAUAUCGGCUUCUGGGCCUGUGCCAUCCAGGUGGUGGCGGCCACGAUCUUCUGGAUCGCCUGCUUCACCGGCCUGCCGCCCGCCUUCGACCGGCUCUCGCUGGCGGCACAGAACGGUAUCUACUGGCUGCCCCAGGUUGUCGGCGGUACCGGCUUUGUCGUCUCCAGCCUGCUCUUCAUGCUGGAGACCCAGCCGUGCUGGUACCGGCCGGCUCCGGGCCUUUUGGGCUGGCACAUUGGCUUCUGGAACCUGGUCGGCUCCCUCGGCUUCACGCUGUGCGGCGCCUUUGGCUUUGCGGCAACGCAGAGCGCCGACAUGAACUACGCGGCCGCGCUGUCCAGCUUUAUCGGGUCAUGGGCAUUUCUAGUUGGCAGCGUGAUUCAAUGCCACAACGCCACGGGGAAUUGGGCCCGGUUAAGCGCAACAGGAGGUUACACCCUUGCGUCCUCCUUGCGUGCUGCUUCGGGUUCUCGUCUCCUUCCGCCGGCGGCAAAAGGGGUCCAAAGGAGACGCUGCCUGGCCGCGGCCGACCGCGACUGUGGUACUGGGUCGCUUCUGGAUCGGUACUGCGUACCUGCACUGCAAUUUGCGGAGCCUCUUGACCCGGAGACCCCCAUCAAGGCUGAAAAAGCAAAGAAACAUGACAGCCCCAUUGUUGCAGCAGCGUUUGGAUUACAGCUCACUCCAUACGAGGCGGAAUGCCCGUGCAAGUACGGAUGCCAGCGCACGUACGAUGAAAAAGUCGUCCAGGCAGACUGCACGGAUAGCGACCAGGAUGACCUGGACCUGGACCCGGACCUGAAGCUGACUGAAGCUGAAGCUGGACGUGGCGACGACGACACGCGAUGUAGCCCUGGCGGCGGAUUCGGUGGAGGCGUUGCGCAGCCGUGGGAUGAAGAAGAGGCUGCCGUGCUCUGCAACCUUUCAGGCACAAUUCUUACGACCGAGAUCCCUGCUGCCGUUGGCUGCAUCGCCUGA